CUCUUCAAGAAGAAGCUCAUGACCAGCUUCUUCGCUCUGCUGCUCAUCAUCAAGAUGGUGAAGAUCAAGCUCAUGUUCCUGCUGCCGCUGCUGCUGGGCGUGGGCACCGCCAAGAAGCUGCUCCUCAAGGUGCUGCUCUUCCUGUUCCCCGCGCUGUCGCACCUCUUCAAGCUGUGCUCCUACUACCACGCCAACUACGCCAAGUACCACCAUCACCACCACAAGAUCGCCCACCACCACCACGUGAUCCCGGUGCCAGUGCCGCAGCCCGUGCCCGUGCCCUCGCCGCCGCACCACGGCGACGUGUACUCCGGGUCGCCGCCGCCGUACUCGGGCGGGGGUCCGCACUCGUCGUACGCGCCGCCGGCCUCCGGCCCCGUGUACGGCGCGCCCUCCGGCCCUGGCGGCCACGACGACGCCAACCCCUUCGGCGAGUACCUCGGCGGGGGCGCGCCCUCCGCGCCGAGCGGCCCCGGUCCGGGCUACGACUACCCCGCGCACAACCGGAACGAGAACCUCGGCGUGCUGCCGGGCAACCAGCAGAGCAACGACCUGAUGGCGGGCUGGGGGCUGAACCACGGGCUGGGCGCCGCCCCCGGCUGGGACGACCAGCGCGUGUACCGGCACACCCCGCCGGCCGCGGGCGGUGCGGCGGGCGGUGCGGGGGGCGGCGGCGCGGCGGGUGGAAGCGGCUCCUCCAAGAGGAAGCAAGGGGUUGACUCGGCCAGCCCAACGCGCGCGCCCAGUCUCAACGACGUCGGCCCAAUCGUCGGCCCCACCGUGGAGGUGGCAUACGACGCCUUCUACAGCCCGCUGCUGCAGCGCAUGGACGGCGUGUUCGUGCAGCUGGGCUUCAACGAGGAGGCCUGCCGCGAGCGGCUCGUCUGCUCCAUGUACAAGAACCCCGCGAGGUUCGCGCCGCACUCCAACCUCGUGUCGGCCGAGCUUAGCAGAGACCCGAGCGAACUGCAGAAGCCGUCGUCGCUAAACUCGGCCGUGGUGAGGUUCUACCGCUACGUGCAGGCCGCCCGCGACGGGCAGAACGCGAAGAACUGCAUGCUGCUGUACCCGGCGUGCACCGUCAACACCGAGCUCUGAGGGCUCUGAGCAGGGGAGAGGAGUCCCAAGCAGCGCGACACCGCGCCUCUUAUAGUUUCUACGAACGUUUCGACAGUUGUUAUCCUUCCCCCCACCAGUUCGGAGUUCGUCAGCAACAACUUGAAUGCCCACGGACUUCGGACUGGGCCAACAAAUAUCGGAAAGUAUUGUAUAUUUUGCCUGAAAAUGUUUUACUCUGGGUUUGCUGACACUGUGUGAACGUUCGCGGGCCAAGUCACUUGUGCUCCUUGGGAUGCAGCCUCUGGUAUGACUUUCCAACAUAAGAGCAAUUCAGCCUAUAAUUUAUUUCUGGAGAAAAAGAUCUCGAGCGAAAUGGCGCUAUGUCUGUAGAUGAGAUAAUCUGGGAGAAAAAUGGUGAAAAAAAGGAUUUGUUUGUUUCUAAUUUAUUUUAAUGUAUGUAAGUGAAGACUCAGGUAAAUAGAAAUGAUUAAUUUCUAAUAUUUGAUUAUGAAAUAAACACACUCUUAGAGAAUGUCGAACAUAGAGACAAUCAUUGUUAAGAACGAAAGCAUGUAAUGUGUUUUUUCGGGUUGUUUCUACUACGUACUGAAGAAAACAAAUAUAAACAAGUUUUAAGCCUAUUUUAAGGAAAGAACUAUGCAAAGGAUUUUAAACGAAGUUGAUAUGUCCUCUCGCUCACUCGUAGUCAAUGUAGUAGUUAUUUAAUACUGAUUGUAAAACACAGAACUGUAUGGUUAGCAAACAUGUCUUCUCUCAAGUCUUAAGGCAUGAUCCUGCUAUCAAAGUCAUAUUAUGUUAUAAAAUAUGGAUACGCAUUUGUUAAGUUUUAACGUUAAAAAGAUAAUUUUGUACUCGCAAAUGAACAGUAAAACAAUCGAUUUUCAGAUAUGAUUCCCUAUAGUACUUGGAAUCUUGGAUGAUAAUCAUAAUGAAAAACAAUAUCUUUGAGUGAAAUCUUUCGAAAAAAUUGUGCAAAAUCCUAUUUAUUUAUUUUUGUUAUUGUUGUGUGUUGUGUGCGUUUGAUUAUGAGGUGGCCAUAAUUUUGUUAAUUCUUUAUAUACUUUUUGUGUUAAUUUAUUCUAUUAUUUGUAGGAAAUUUUGAAUGAAUGGAAGUGUGUAUGUAUUUAUUCGGGAUGAAUAAAAAGUGUUUCUUCGUUGAUCCUUGAAA